AUGUCCCACACGGAUGUCAAGGAGUUCUACUGCGUGGAGUGUGAUGUCAGAUUUAAAACUGCCAGUGGCUUGAAGACGCAUUUAUCGAAGAGCAUGAAACAUAGGGACAAGCAGAGCUUAAAACACGCAUGCACCCGUUGCCCGGCUCGCUACGCAUGCGCGACGUCCCUGGCAGCGCAUAUACGCGUACAACACGAGGGACUCCGCCCCCACGUGUGCGGGGACUGCGGGGCUGCGCUAGCGACACGGUCCUCGCUCGCUAAACACAUGCAUUCCGUACACUUGGGCCUUCGCCCCCCGCCGAGACAUGUGUGUGAUACCUGUGGGAAGGCGUUUAGGGGUAAAAGUGUUUUGAUCAACCACGCUCGGACUCACACUGGCGAGAAACCAUUCGAAUGUCACCACUGCGGACGAAGGUUCGCGCAGCGGACGUCUAUGCGUACUCAUGUUAAACUGGUACAUCUUAAACUGCGGCGGAGCGGGAAGAUAAAACCAGUAGCGAUAAUCGAUGUCCAAUCCUCUCGAGUCGACGUGUUCAAACCGGAACCACCUGUAGCAGAGACCUGGCGGCAACCCUGUGACGUGUACUUCCAAGUCACCGCGGGGCCCUGA